AUGGCUUCCGAUUCAGCCAAACGCUCUAACAGCCUUAGCGCAGAUCGCAAGAGAUCUAGCAUACAAAUGAAGGGCAGUUUCUCGGGAGACAACAGCUACAACGGCAAGAUACCAGUAAAGCAGAUAUUGACGGCACCCUCGCAGUCACAUUCCAGGAUGAAUUUCGGAGGACAGAUGUUCCUUUGCAUCAUGGGAUCUCUUAUAAGCAUAGCAAUUUGUAUUUGGUCAGCUGCUUUCAGUCAUGAAAGCGGAUGGAGACGUGUAGUUUUUUCUGGCGGAGCUGCAGUCUGCGCAGUUAUGUUCACAUUUCUUGUCGUGAUGACAAUAAGAAGGGCGAGAAAUCCCCCAGAGCCAGAACCACUACCAGACCUUUCACAACGUCGUUCAACUAUUGGAGCACGGGUCAGUAAGAAGUCUAUUUCCGCCGCCGGACUCGGAAAUACGGACGACAGCCCAUCCCAGGUACUUGUUGUUGGAGACAAAACAAGACCAUCCUUAACAAUUGGCUGA